AUGCUCAGUACCAAGAAAUUUGCUCAAAUGGCAAAGAAGUGGGAGAAAAUGGCUCACCUCGGAAGGAAGAGGCUUGCCUUGAUGGCAGCAAAACAAGACGAUGAGUGCUGCCCGUCUGUGGCACCGGAGGGCCACUGCGUCAUAUACUCUGCAGAUAGGAGGCGCUUCAAGGUUCCAUUGGCGUACCUGGGCACGACCAUUUUUGUCGAGCUCCUGAGGAUGUCUCAGGAGGAGUUAGGCUUCGGAAGCGAUGGAAGGAUCACAUUGCUUUGUGAUGCUGCAGAGAUGGAGUAUGUCAUGUGCUUGCUUAGAAGAAAUGCAUCGAAAGAGGUCGAGUGGGCUUUCCUGAGCUCUGUAGUGAGUCCUUGCCACCAAGGAAAUGGCUUGGCUCGACCCAUGGAACUUAGGCAGCAAGUUGCUGUUUCUAGCUUCUGAAGGUAGACAUUGCCUUUUUGUCUACUUAGACAUGA